ACUACGCAUGCGCUCUUAAGCGGAGCCGGCUGAAAUUACCACCACCACCCCCCGAGUCACCGCGCCGGAAACGGAACUGCCUGGGAUAGGCAAAUCAAAUCCGUAGUAGUCACCGUAGUGGGGUUUCUAAGCCGGAGCUGUUGACGUUGGCUCUUAUGCGUUAUGGCAGCCUCGGGCCUUCCGCCGUUGCCGGCGCAGUUGAAGCCCAUUCAGCAUUUUCUGAGAACCGCCCAAGAGCUGGAGAAACGGGAGCCUGUGGUGGCCUAUUACUGCCGUUUGUAUGCUAUGCAGACAGGGAUGAAGAUUGACAGUAAAAAUCCAGAAUGUCGCAAAUUUCUAUGCAAGCUUAUGGAUCAACUUGAAGGUCUGAAGAAGCAGUUGGCUGAUAAUGAAGCAGUUACCCAAGAAAUAGUUGGCUGUGCCCAUGUGGAGAAUUAUGCAUUGAAAAUGUUUCUUUAUGCAGAUAAUGAAGAUCGAGCUGGACGGUUUCACAAAAACAUGAUUAAGUCUUUUUAUACGGCAAGUCUUCUAAUAGAUGUCCUGACUGUGUUUGGAGAACUAACAGAUGAGAAUGUUCAACACAGAAAAUAUGCCAGAUGGAAGGCAGCAUACAUUCAUAAUUGUUUGAAGAAUGGAGAGACUCCACAGUCUGGACCUGUUGCAAUGGAAGGAGAAUAUGAUGAAAACGAAGAUGAUGGCUCCCCUGCUCUGCCCAGUCAAGAAUCUGAACCAUCAUCAUCCACAUUUGAACCAAGCAAUGUGCCCACAAGCAAUUACACUGGCAUUCAGAUCCCACCUGGUGCCCAUGCUCCAGCUAAUACUCCCGCUGAAGUGCCUCAUAGCACAGGUGUGGCAAGCAGCACAAUUCAACCCAGUCCACAGAAUGUUCCAAUAGUUGACCCUACACUUUACAAUAUCCAACCUGCAGGGGAAGUUCGUUUGAGUCCUGAGGACUUUGCCAAGGCCCAGAAAUAUUGCAAAUAUGCUGGCAGUGCUUUACAGUAUGAAGAUGUGAACACUGCUGUGCAGAAUCUACAGAAAGCCCUCAAGUUACUGACUACAGGCAGAGAAUGAUGCCUUUGUCUACUGGAUUCAUGAGUUUUGCCUAAAGAACUAACAGUCCAUUACUCCUACUGUCAACCUGUCAGGGAAACACAGUUGCACAAAAGCUUUUGAUUUCUGCAACAAGGAAACAAAGUCUGUGUCUCUGUAUCAAAUUCUUUCUAUAGUCUAGUCUGGAGCUAUGGCCUGUCUCCAUUUUUUUGACAGUGAAACAAGGAUGAUUUGGGGACAGUGGUUUGAAUUGAGAACACCAUUUCUGAGCACUUCUGGUGCAAGUGCUGCUGAAAGUUCACGACGUAUCCUGUUCUUUCUAUAACCUUGACGAAGGAAGGGGGACAUCUCUUAGAGUGUGUAUUUGGAAUUUGUCACAAGUACGAGGUAAAAUUGGAAAUGCAGUAUAGUUUUAAAGAAAAAGUUUAGUUAAUUGGGGGCAGAAGGCAGAAAACCACAUCAUAAGGUUUGUGAUGUGGCACCAAAAGAAAGACAGAGGAGACAUUUUAGGAGCUGUCAAAUCAAGUGAGAAGAGCCGGAAUUUUCAAGAACCAUCUAAAUGAUUCCUGACUGCCACACUCAUCCAGGCUGUAUGGUCUGUUGUGGUUUAGGAUUUUUCUUUUUCUUUGCAUGUUGUAUAUCCUUCUUGAGUGUAAAAGGAAUCAAAUGGAAGGUACAGCUGAAGGCUGAAACCCAGCUCCAAAUAUUCUGAAUUUUUGAAAGCAUCUGCUUUUAGUUCUAAGAAAGUUACCAUAGUUCUAAUUAUCUGAACUAUGAUGGUGAGCUGUUUGCUGAGUCUUUUUACUUGCACCUUUUGCCAAACAAUACAGUUGCUACCUAAAUUUCAUUUUUUUUCAACUAAUACUGUCUUGUAGGCUCCAUUAAAGCACAUUUGACCUUGUACAUGUGGUGUUGAAUUACUAGUAUAAUGUUAAAACCCAUACAUGCUGUUUUCACAGUGAACAGGGGCUGCAGACAAGCUUUCGGGUAGAAAGGCUGCAAAUAAGAAAGGUGACUCGCUCCCAGUCUCUCUCACACACAUACAAACCACAUAGAAUCAAUGUUCUGGGUUCAGCAGAAUACAUCUUUAUUCUAAUAAAGCGAUUGCCAGAAAUUAAUUCCUGUUAUGGAGUGAUAUGCUUUGAUUAAAUUAGCAGGAGAUUGGACUUGAUGGCCUUGUAGGACCCUUCCAACUUCACUUUUCUAUGAUUCUAUGAUAGAAGGGAAAACAUAUUAGGCAACACUUUUCAAGGGAAAAGUGCUUUAAAAAUAGAAAGCUAAUGCUACUUGAAGGUAGAGGUUCAUGGUUUUAUGACAACAGAUGAUUCCAGGAGCAAAAGUAGCCCUUCUGUGCAUAUAAUAUCCCUUCCACACACCAGAGGAAAAAGUGAGGAUCCAAAUUCCCAUAGCACUUUCCAAUAUCUAUGGCGUUUUAGUUCUCAAAAAUAGUUGUAUGUUACUGGCAAGAGAGUUUUGUUUUAGAAAGUUUCCACAUUCAACCAUGCCAGCAGAAGUUGGAGAAUACACUAUUUUCUAAUUCUGGAAUUUGUAAAUAUUCCAGGAUUCCCCUGGAUGAAAAGUACUAGCCAGAACAAGGUUGCUUCCCUGGCUUUGCUAAACUGAGCAGGCUGGAAUCUCCAGUCAUGGAGAGAACAGAGAAUUCCAAAGUGCGUUCUUUGGAAGCUACUUACGCAACUCAAGCAAGCCAAACACAACAAAGGGCAGUAUUUGCAUGCGUGGCAACAAUGACAACCAACAUUCUUCUGUAUUGUAGCAGCUGCAUUUCUAAUCCAUUUGAUAUUACGUGUUUAUUAUAUUGCUAUAUUGUUCAAUUGCCAAAGUUCAGUAUGCCCUGAAAAAAUGUUUUUAAAUAGAACUACUUUUCUCAGCCUGUAUCUUCCAGAUCCUUGGACUACAAUCCCCACCAUCCCGGUAAGGACACCUGUUUUGGGAUGAUGGGACUUGUUGGCCAACACAUCUGGAGAGGGCUACUGACACAUUGAACAAGCUAUCCACAUGUAUAAUGGUGGUUUAAAUUUCAUUUAAAAUAGACUAAAUGCAUUUUGCACAUCAUGACAUUUCAGUGUCUUUUAAUCAUUUUCCCAGCAAUGAGAUAAAAGGGCAGAGUUGUCUGAUAGUAAAAAUCCACACAAAUUUACAGAAAGGAACAGAAGAGAAACAUCAAAUCUGAAGCCAAUUUUUAUUUCCCUGUAUCAUCUGUUAAGUUGUUCAGCUUAUGCACAACAAAAGGCUGAAACAAUUCUGAAUAUUUUGUUAUUUUGGUGUAACUUCCUGAUACCUAUUCUGUGGUCACUUUCUGCAUACCAGGAAACGAGGUGAGGCCAUAAUCAAGUUAAAUUAGAGAUUAGAGUGUGCUAUAAGUAUAAGGGAAUCUAUUUAGAGACCGAAAAGAUACCAAAAUAAAUUCCAGAAUUUGAAGAACCUUAUUAACUUGCUUCCUUUAUCUUUGAUGCAUUAAAACCCAGUAUCCAAUCUUUUAAAUUAUACACAUCUAAGUGACCAGUCUCCAUUGUGAGAAUUGAUGAGAAAAAAAAAUCAGUAAUGUUACAGUUUCAGCCCUAGACACUCAUUUUGCAGCCCUGCUAGUUCUCUUCUGUCUCCAGGCUAUAGCGUGUGCUGCUAUGCGAGAGAGAGAGAAUAGUCCACUACUAUUCCUUCAUUUUGUUUUAGUUGCAUUCCACCUAUGUGCAUUUCAGUACUGUAUAGUGUUCUCUUCUAAGCUUCUGCACCUUUCCUUACACUGUGUUGUUCCUUUUGGUUGGUCUGAACGUUCCAUGUACUGUACUUUGCUUUCUCUGCUGCAGAACUGUGUAAUCUGGGACAGGCAUUUUAUGAACUAUUCUUUUUUGGAAAACUCCUGAAGUUUCCAAGUCAACUUGGAAUCCAGUUGUUCCUCACUCCCUCUCAGCUGUAUGUUCCAGAUUUUUCUCCUUCAUUAGAUUAUACUAAAAACCUAUAACACUA